AUCACAUAGGCCCUGGUCCUCCGCUUUGAGUUUAUUGGCACACACACUCCAGAAUGAACGCCCUUUGCUCGCUUCUCUUAGUGCUAGGACUACUAGGGCUCGCGAGCGGCCAGGAGUCCGGCGUGAUCAGGGGGAGAGUUCUUGUACCACCCGGCGUGAACCACUCAACGACCACGAUUAUCCUGCACACCUCGACGGGCGAGGAGCUGCGCACGUACGUGAACGCGGAGGGCGCGUUCGCCUUCCAUGACGUGCCUAGCGGCGUGCAACUGCUGCAACCCUUCAACCUGCAUCUGGUGUACCCCGAGGUGCGGCUCGAGGUGAACCGCAAGGGUGUGGUGUCGCGCGCCGCGCUCAGCCACAACCGCAACAUGGUGCUGAACCUGCCGCUGACUCUGCGGCCCGCCAUGGAGGCCGCCUACUACGAGAAGCGCAAGCCCUUUGACGCCUGGUCCUUCAUCAAGAGCCCCUACGGCAUCAUGAUCGUGUUCUCGCUGUUCGCCAUCGUGGUGUUCCCGCGCCUCAAGAUGGACCCGGAGGACUACAAAGAGAUGCAGGACGCCAUGAAGGUGCAGGGCGGACCCGGGGCCGGCGGCGCGGCGGGCGCCAUUGGCGGCGGCCAGCAGGCGCCGCGGCUGCGGCAGUAGGGGUCCUGUGGAAGCUGUGGCUUUAGGCUGAGAGGGAGGAGGGCCGCAGAGGGAGGCGAGGUGGAGGUGCAUGUAUUGCGGGAAGUGGGCGCGGAGGUGCAGGUGUGUGUGCCUGAGACGGCAGGCCUGGGCAGGCGGAGGGGACCGGGACCUCAAUGGAGGGCCGCCGGGACGAGGUCCCUUGCGCGGGUGACACCAGGAUGGUGCUGCGUCCGCCAGUUUGGGCGAAGGGGCAUCAGGAGGCGAUCGAUUGCAUCUGCGGUAUUGGUGUAGACUGGUAAAGGCUACCGUAGUUCCCACGCAACAGUCGGUCGCGGACAAGCGGUUGACAGCAUUUGGCAAGUCUAGUACGCCCGGGUCGUGUGCCGUCCGUGCGUUACAUCCCUGCCGAGGGCAAGCUGCCGGGUCCAGUUUGUGCAGUCGGUGACAACCUGGCAAUGCAUAGACACACCCUGUGGGCGGAACACGGAAGUUCUACGACACACAAGUAUAUAACCCUGCGGACGGCGCCCUGGGGCAUCUAGAUGUGUCUUUUACCGACUGUCCUACGGGUGCGACCGGGCUACUAACCAAACCAGACAACUGACCUGACAGUGUAAGACACGCACCUGCCGC